UCUCCCUCAGCCUCUUUGUGAGUGGUGACGUCACAUGGGGGGGUACCAUCUUAAAACAAAACAAAAAAAAAAACAAUUAAGGAAACGAUGACGAUGGUGAAAAAAAGAGGGGGCAGCGCAAUCCAUUGAACGCCGCACCAUGGCGCAAGAGCCCCCCACCGUGACGCUCUCUCUCUUAUAGCAGGCAUGUUGGCAUCAAAUUAGUACAAGAUAUUGGCACACACGUGCGCUGCCAAGUGUAACUCUUCCCUGCGACCGACUUGUGGAGAGCUAAUGUGUUUUUAUGUUCCCUUAAUAGCUCAACACCUUGUGUGACAGGUAGAGAAGGAGCAGAUAGUGCACUGGAUAGUUCACUAGAUAGUUCACUGGAUAGUUCACUGGAUAGUUCACUGGAUUACUUUCUGGUUACUGGAGAAUUAGGAACAGAGCAUCGGAUUUCCUCGCUUAACAUUUUGAAGCCACAGAAACAGGUCACAACGUUGUUUGGCAUUGUUACUAUAGCAGCAUUAGUUUGGGAUUUACAUCUAUCUCUAUAGGUUGGCGUAACAAAUUCUCUCACUCUUCCAAAAUCAGAAGCUAUCCUAAGCAUAUAUCAAGACAAGGCUUGUUAAUUCUUAAAGAAACCUGAGUCCUAUCGCACAAACUUGCUGUUUCAAUAUAGAACACAGGGUUUUGAAUGAAAGAUGAAGUCCCGUUUUCCGUGCUGGUCCUCUGGUUCCUGAUGAUAUCAUGGUGCCCUCGGACCACACAGAGACUAUAGAGCACCAUCCGCACACUACCACCUUCAGCGGAGGUAACCAAAACAGCCAUUCCACGGGAGGACACGCCGGCAGCACCACAGGACAACGCCACCAAGAUGGCAGCGAGAACGACCCGAAAGGGCCGGCCACAAAGCAAGAGUGUACUAAGCUUGUCAACAGCCUGAGUAAAGAGGUGGCCGUGUACUGUUUCAUGAGCAUGGGUCUCGGGGCCGUCUGCGACUCGUACGCCUUGAGGGACGAGCUGAAAUGUCUGGGCGUCAAAGUCUUUGACCUGGUUCAACUAUGCAAACGUCGGCUGAUGCCACUACUCCUGAGCAAACGAUCAAAAGAGGAGGAGCGGGAAGACCUGGAACGCUUGUACCGCAUCUUUGUAGCCUGCUUGGAGAUGCUUCAGGCGGAGUUUGUCAGAUCUAUGAUGCUCCAAUCUGUGUUUCCUCUCUGGGACUCCAACACAGCACUCAUCCAGACGGGGGUCAGCGAAUGCUAUGUCCACAAGAAAUGUGCCUCGGCGACAGACUCACACGAGCAUGCUAUUCCAGACAGAAAGAUGGCUGACCAAGAAGAGUUUACGACACUAGAACGUAAAGUAGCCACUCUCCAAGAGAUGUGUUAUGCAACAAGUCAGAUGAUGGAUGUUAAUCCGUGGGACUACAAACCAGACACUGAUCACACAAAAAUAGAUUUAGAAACAUCCGAUCCAGAACAAGAUGUGCCAAGCCGAUCAGAAACACAUGUGAAUACCAGGAGCCCUAGACACCGGAAGUGUAUAUGGAUUACAGUGCUAGUGUUUGGCACUGUGAUAGUGAUAGCUGGAGUGCUCGGCCUUGCCUUGGCGCUAACCAAAAACGAAGCAACCCAAAACUGAGCGAUGAAUUAAUGAGACAUUUUUUUUUAAAAACAAUUCAUGUAAUUAUACUGGGUGUAACAACUUCCAUCAUUCAUCUUCCUUUCGUCCGUUCAUUCGGUGGAUAAUCAACUAGUGACUUACAGCCUACACAAUGGGCUACUACUGAUCACGCAUUUAAUCAUUGAAGAUUUUCAAAUAACUCUCUGGCAAUGGAGGAGCAAAGAGUUUUAAGCAAACGUGCAUGCCUUUUUAGUUCAGUUCACAAGACAGUAGCAUUUCUGAUUGAAGCUUUCAAAAACAGUGUGUAGAAGACGUCUAGAGUGCUUGUCAAAGCAAGACGUUUUUGUAGGUCAUGUGACUAAAUCAUUUCAUUAAUAGCUUCGACAUUAACUUUGUGUUCUGUGUUUUAUUAACUGAUGCAAUUUUUUUUUUUAACACAGCGCGUUACAUGCUACUACAACCUAGAAAGUGGGCUCUGGUUUGAACUUAUUUCUGGACAUAUGUGUAGAAGUGUCUGUGCUGCCUGGUAACGCGGCUAGAAAUAAUUUCCAAUUGAAAAUAUGACUAGCUCCAAUUUGGAUUGGAACUCGAGACCUUCACUUUGGCAGCACAGCGAGUAAUUGAUCUUUCCAGCACUUUUGUCCAAUGUUUUUUUUUUUUUUUUUUUGUUUAACACAUUUUUGUUUUUUUUCUAAUCUCUGUUACAAUAAAAACAAAAAAGAAACCUCUACCGCUUGUUCAUUUAAAUUAGAUUUUGUUACCUCCCUUCCCAAGCUCGUCGUGUAUGAGUUAUCUGGAGUUUCAGAGAGUUCCUGGCUGAGACCUCGAAAGGAAGUUUAAUUAAUAAACACUAUUGUUCGGAAUAUUUCUCUUAAAUAAUUCUAACAAUCACCAACAAACUGUAAGACAAAAAGUGGUUUUUAUGGUGGUGUAAGUAAACAAAAAAUAAAAAGAUUUUGAUUCUCAGUU